GCACUUUCCAUGGCUAGUACAAAGCCUAAUUUAGGGUUGUAUCAGUCGGUCUAUGAGAAUUUGCCAUUCGAUAAUCGAUACCAGCCUUCUGAGUUAUUGGGUUCUGGUGCUUAUGGGCGUGUAUACAAAGGCUUUUCCGAAGAAGGCGAAAUUGUUGCUCUCAAGGAGGUCACUAUCCCUGCAGAUGACCAAGGUGUACCACUGAGCACACUCCGUGAACUGGCUGUUCUUAAGAAAGUUCAGGUAGCCAAAUCACCCUACCUAGUACAGAUGUUAGAUAUAACGCUUCGCCGUCAGGAUCUUCAAACAUGUAUUUUUAUUGUGUUUGAAUUUGUGGACUGCGAUCUAGCCCACUUUCUUUCUAAUGUGCCUCAAACCGGUCUUUCUCUCAACACCAUUCGGAAUCUUUCCGCUCAACUUGUUAAAGGCAUUGAAUUUCUUCACUCACAACGAAUAGUCCAUCGGGAUCUGAAACCGGCUAACAUCCUUAUCAAUGAAGCCGGCACACACCUUAAAAUAACAGACUUUGGAUUAUCAAGAGUGCUCGGAUGGGAAUCGCAGUUAACGCCGAUCGUAGUAACCCUCUGGUAUCGGUCUCCCGAGAUCCUUAUCCAGUCAGAAUAUCUCUCGCCCUGUGAUAUCUGGGCUGCCGGAUGUAUUAUUGUUGAACUAUUCAAUUUAAAAGCCAUAUUCAGCGGGAAAACCGAAUUAAUGGUUUUGAAAAAAAUUUUCGAACAACUAGGAGAGAAGAAUGUACUUCGGUCAAAAGUAAAAACUACUGAUAUGGCGGCGCUCGACCUUAUUGAACGCAUGCUCACUUUCAAUCCCCAUAAGAGGAUUUCGGCCACCGAAGCUUUACGAAUGCCCUUCUUUACUGCCUCUCUGACUACAACCAUUCGAGACUAUCCACACUCCUCAUCUUUGGCUUCUCACAGUUUUACUAUGUCUUCAACACGUGGUGUUACUGCACCCCCUAUUAACAGUCGAAGCAGCCUGCGAUCGGUCGGUCGAGACUCAACUGCUCGUUCAUUCAUGCCCAGUCGCCAUUCCUUCAUCCCCACGGUUGUGUCAUCAUCUUCUGUACUAAUGGCUACAAAAAGUCAAGAAGGUUGUACUAACGGACCCAUGACGCGACAACGUGCCGCAGCUUUGGCAGGCGAUGCGCGUUUGACACUGCCAACUUUCGGCCCGAGGACCACCAGCCGUCGUUACACACAGCCCACGAGGUCGCACACACCAUUCGUUGCUGCCCCUUCCAUUGUGGCUAUCUCAGAGGCGUCAAGUGAAUCCGGUGUUGCUACAGAUUCUACGACGACCAUCUCCUGUGCAGCCACAUAUACCCCAUCGUUGCGCGGGCGACAGAGGAGAACUGCUAGGCGACGCACCGUUAUGGGCGUAGAAAAGGCAAGAGUUAAACAUAGAGGUACGCCUGAGUCGCUUGUGGUCAACUCUGCAUGGCCAAGCUCAAACACUCUACGUCAAACUUCGACAGCACUUGCAACUUCUGUUAAUGUCGGUGAUGAAGACGGAAGAAAGCUGAAUUCGGCAGAUCCAACUCCUCUUCCCAUUGUCUACUCACAUCCUGCUUUGAACACUCCCACCUCCCCUGUGUCAGCAAAUAAGGCCCCUUCACCAACUGAAUGUCUUACUAUUAGUAUCCCAUCUGAGCCUGACAACGUUUGCUCUCCACCGAAACUCUUGAAGGCUACGAAUGGUCUAAUGAUAAAUGCACAUCUCGAGCAAACCCUGCCAAAGUGCCCUCCUACGCCUAGGUCCCCACCACCAAGCUCUGACAGUGAAGAGGACGAGAGCCACGCGGACGGCCAGUCUCUGAGUGGUCGCUGGUGCCGAUGGCGCGAGGCAACCCGCAGCAUCCCCGACUCUGCAGACCCCCUCGAAGACACAACCCUGGAGGAGGUCGAGUUCGACGAUGAGAGAGAUAUCAGGCGGAUUUUAGAGGUCACUGAAGCGGUAACCUAUGAGGACGAAACUGUGCCGCCGGAGCUGCUAAGUAGCAUUAACUCGCUGUCCUCUUUGAGUGAUACAGAGUCCACUGAGGGAUGUCCCGACGAGGCGAGUUAG